UCCGAUCUCGUAUUUGGCAUCAUAAAAAUUAAGGAAAAUUAAAAUGUUAAAAAAUGUUAACGGCCAAACAAAAGGAGGAUGGAUCGUGGAGCGCAGAGAGGCACCGCAACAACCUCAACCCGCCGCGUCAUCAUCUCUCCAAACCAUUUACCCUUUCGUCUCUCGCCGGCGACAUCGACAACCAUAAAAUCUUGGCAUCAAUUCGCCGCCGACCACGGCUGUUAUCUUUAAAAAUUCUUUUGCUAAUCUGGAGCAAUGUUAGCCGCAUGCAUACAGAAAUUCUCUUAGAAGAGGGAAAAAUUUUCCUGGGAAGUGUUUUUAGUCAUAUAGUCGACCAUGUUCAACAGAGGAAAUAAAUCACUUUUUUCAUGGCGAUCUGCUCAGAGAUGUCAAUUGCCAACUUUUGCCAUUGUGCUGGGUUUAGUAGUUAUUGUCACUUUACUUUUUGCUCUAUGCAGCAAGGAAAAUACAGUCAUAGAUGUAAGCACACAUGCUCAUACGAAGCAGAGUCUCGAGUUUCAAGUACUUCCCAACCCUACCGUGGAAUUUAUCAAAGGAACGGAAGUCAUUUGGCAAAUACCAUCUGAUCCUAAAGCAGUUCUUUUUAUAGCUCAUGGGUGUGAUGGCAGUGCCCGUAACUUUUGGGAUAAAUGUUCUAGGUGUCGGAACUGCGUGGGGUUGCCUGAGGAAAAAAAAAUCGUACUUGAUGCCCUCGCUCAACGUUUUGCUGUACUUGUCGUAACAAGCACCGAUGCUUGUUGGUCAUAUGCAAAAGAUGGAUCGAGAGUCAAGGAAAUCACGAGUUGGUGGUUAAAGAAGCAUAAUUUAGUUAAAUCUCCAUUAGUUGGGUUAGGGGCUUCUUCGGGUGGCUAUUUUCUUUCGGUUCUUGCUACGGAGGUUAGAUUUAAGGGUAUCGUUCUUAUGAUUGCUGCCGGACUUUAUGACAAGAUGGGUAACAUCCCAUACGACUACCCUCCGACACUCUUCGUGCACAUGCCUAAGGAUGUGAAAAGGAAAAGGAAGAUCGAUAGACAUAUUGAGAUGUUGAGAAAGAAGGGCAUAGAAGCUAAGGAGAUCAAGUGCAUGGAAUUGGCCUUGACACCGCAUUGGCUUGCUGAUAGAGUUUCGGGUUUAGAUCAAACCACAUCUUUGAAGUUAUUCGAAUUGUUUUGUUCCAAAGGAUUUAUUGAUGCGAAAGGUUAUAUGAAAAAGGACGGCCGAGUGACUCUUUGGAGAGAAGCUCUCAAGCAAAGCAACAUUGGUUUUACAUAUAAAUCUGAAAUGAUGAAUUACAUUCAAGAAGAACUGAAUCUUGCUUAUGCUUAUCAUGAAAUGACAAGCUUGCAAUCGGAUCAGAUCUUUGAAUGGCUAGAAUUCCACCUUUAGCUUAUUACCAUGAUGAACAUUUACUCUUAUUAGUUGUACUCUAUUUUGAGCAGAAAAUAUUCAAAUGUUCUGUUAGAAAGCUGUAAAAUUUUACCCAGGCAUAGCAUAAGGACCCAUAAAAUGUUUGAGAUAAAAGAGAAAUGUGUAAGCUUUGUAGGAGUCAU